AUGCGAUUCCCAAUGACGACAUCAACUCUCUCCCUUCUCAUGCUACUCCAACUGCAUGCCGCGGAAGCAGCGCUCUCAAUUUCUUCCCUAAGUUCCCUUCCCAGCCUAGCCACCGAGAUCCAGACACCGAACCAGAACCUCCUAGCCUACCUCUCCACCACCCACGAUACUUCACCUCUUAACUCCUCCGCUCUAUGCACCACCAUCCUCUCCCGCGAUAAAACCGCCCUCUUCCUACCGAACGCACGCAUCCCCCUGUCUUCGGCAGGUUUCAUUGGUUGCUUCCUCGAGAAGCCACAAGGGCCGCAAGCAGAAGAAGACAACCAGCACCAACAGCUAGUCUUUACAGGGAUUCCAGCGGGAUGGCAAUUCAGUAUUACGGAGAUUACGGUCGGUGGGUGGUUGGACCUGGAAAAGGGGAGUUUUGUUGAGAGGGUUUCGCUUUCUCUUAUCUAUCCAGUCGCUACUUUCACUGAGAAGAUUGCUGGUGGUGGUGAUGGUGAUGGCAGUAGUACGGAACACGAUAUGCACAACAGUCAAGACGAAGAAGUCGAAAGAGAUAAGGGGUGGAAAUGGGAUCUUAUUAAAAGAAGGGAACCCGGAAAAACGAGUAAAGCAACGCCAGGAACCAAAAGUCAAAGUCAAGCUCUAGUCGACAUAGCAACAGCCCUCACACCUUACGGCCGUUUCGGCACCGGAUACCAAGGGGGCUUCAACUUGUCUAUACCUGUCAAGCCCUCCUCAGGCGCCAGCAAGAAAGGGAAGAGAAAGCGGCGACUGGCUGUUUCAUCGUGCUCGACGGGUACGGAGAUGCAGGUUAGGUUGGGCGCUGAAUUGUGGUUUUCGCUUUCGAGUGAGCAGAUUGAGUUUGAUGAUACGGUUGCUCAUCGGGGGAUGCUGGGUGGUGAGCUUGGAGAGCCCGGAGAGCUCCCGGGAGAAGGGGAUGGGCGGCAUCAGGGAUGGGAGGCGUGUGAGAAGACAUUGAGGGUAGGGAUGCGGGGGGAGUGGAAGAGGUGUUGA